AGCACGCUGCGCCUCUCGCGCCGCGCAGAAAGAAUCUCGGUCAACAGCAGUGUAGCGAACUCGCGAAGGCAGAUUGACACAGUCUCACUUACUCGCACCCUGGUUUGGUCCAGGCUUAAGAUAUUUCUGAGGAUUUUGCGAGUGUUGAUCGUGUGGGGAAGACGUGCUGCCUUAUCUUACAGCGGAUACAGUGGAUAUGCAGUUUCUCCAACUUUUAGGAGCUGUUUGGGAACUUUGUCACCUCCGUUUUUAAACUGGAUAGAUUGGAUUUACUUGGUGUGAGAAACAUGCCGGAGAGCAUCAGCAUUUCAGAUUUCGUGUCAUUGGCGAAUGAAGACAUAACGUCCCCGGGAACUUCGUGUUUUCAGUCCAGAAUGAGCGAGUGUCGGAACACGGUGACAGCGCUUGAGGAGUCUCUGGAGCUGGAUCAGAGCGCUCUUCAGAGGCUAAAGAAGACAGUGAAGGCCAUACACAACUCUGGACUAGCGCAUGUGGAAAAUAAGGACCAGUACAUUGAGGUACUGGAGAACCUGGGAAACAGCCACCUGUGUCAGGAUAAUAAUGAAGUCUCCACUGGCUUCCUCAACCUGGCUGUGUUCACACGGGAGGUCACCGCACUCUUCAAAAACCUGGUUCAGAACCUGAACAACAUUCUCUCAUUUCCUCUGGAGAACGUGCUGAAGAACGAGCUGAGAGACAGCAGAAUGGAGCUGAAGAAACAGAUGGAGAAGAGCUGGAAGGACUAUGACGUCAAAGUGGGGAAGCUGGAGAAGGAGCGUAAGGAGAGACAGAAACAGGCGGGUCUAAUCAGGCUGGAGGCCGCAGACCUCACUGAGGACAUGGAGAGAGAGAGAAGGACCUUCCAGCUGCAGAUGUGUGAGUACUUACUAAAGAUCCAGGAGCUGAAGAUCCGACAGGGGCCCGAUCUACUGCAGUCUCUCAUCAAGUACUUCCAGGCACAGCUCACGUUUUUUCAGGACGGUUUGAAGGCUGCCGAGAAUCUCAGUCCCUUCGUGGAGAAGCUAGCCACCUCUGUGCACACGGUACGUCUGGAACAGGACGAGGAGUUGCGUCAGCUCUCACACCUGCGUGACUCUCUCCGGACGGCCCUGCAGGUCGAGGGCAAAGAGGAGUACAUGAACCGGAAAAACUCGGGCCACGGCUACAGCAUCCACCAGCCCCAGGGUAACAAGAAGUACGGCACGGAGAAGUCUGGCUUCCUCCUGAAGAAGAGUGAUGGAAUCCGAAAAGUUUGGCAGAAGAGAAAGUGUGGGGUGAAGUACGGCUGCCUGACCAUCUCUCACAGCACGAUUAACCGGCCACCAGCGAAGCUGAACCUCCUGACCUGUCAGGUGAGACCCAAUCCAGACGACAGAAGGACCUUUGACCUGGUGACACACAAUCGCACCUACCACUUCCAGGCAGAGGACGAGCAGGAAUGCAUGAUCUGGGUGUCGGUACUGCAGAACAGUAAAGAAGAGGCUUUGAACACGGCUCUGGGUGGAGACGCGCAGGACAGCGGUCUUCAGGAGCUCUCCAGAGCGGUCAUCUUAGGCCUGCGCAACAUGCCCGGCAACGAGGCCUGCUGUGACUGCGGAGCACCAGAUCCCACCUGGCUCUCCACUAACCUGGGCAUCCUCACCUGCAUAGAAUGUUCUGGAAUCCACCGGGAGCUAGGCGUGCACUACUCCCGCAUCCAGUCUCUCACCCUGGAUGUGCUCAGCACCUCAGAGCUCCUGCUAGCGGUGAGCAUUGGGAACACCAGGUUCAAUGACAUCAUGGAGGCCAAUCUGCCCAAUGACACUGUGAAGCCCGUGCCUCGGAGUGACAUGACUGCCAGAAAGGAGUACAUUGUGGCCAAGUAUGCAGAGCGACGCUAUGUUCUGCAUAAGGAGGAUCUGGACCCGUACCGCGUGUGUGGCGCUGUGAAGACACGCGACCUCACAGCCCUCCUGCAGCUUUACGCAGAGGGUGAGGACUUGGCCAAACCCACCGCCCUGCCAGAGGGACAGGACCUGAGGGAAACAGCUCUCCACCUGGCUGUGAGGAUGGCAGACAGGAGCUCACUGGCACUGGUGGACUUCCUCACCCAGAAUGGUGUCUGUCUGGAGAAAAGGACGGUAGAGGGAAACACAGCGCUGCACUACUGCGCUCUCCACAAUAAGACAGAGUGCCUCAAGCUGCUUCUGAAAGGAAAGGCUGUGCUCAGUACAGUGAACACGUCGGGUGAGACAGCGUUAGACGUGGCCAAAAGGCUACAGCACACCCAGUGCAUAGAACUGCUGGAGCUGGCCCACAGUGGGAAGUUUAACUCUCAGAUCCAUGUGGAGUACAUGUGGGAGACGCCUCAGGAGCUGAUGUACGACAGCGAGGACGACCUGGACGAGAGGGUGAGUCCUCACUCCAGGAACCUGCGCUCUCCACUGCCCCCUAAUGGAGGCAUGCCAAACUCACCCUCACGCUGGAACUUCAGCAACAGCAGCAACAGCAGUGUGGCCAAUAAGACUUAUGAGAAUGUGGACUUCUUGUAUCGUAACCCGCCUGCCAACAGUGCACCCACUGGCACGAUGCCACCGCCGCUGCCAGCCAAAGCCAUCCAGAGAGGUCGAUCCGACCCUCAGAUCUCGGUGUCAGUCAUGGAGGGGGCCAACAUCCCCACCCGCCUCUCCUCCUCCCAGAGGCAAGGCCCCCCCUCCCCGCGGACGGAGAACCAGGCCAUAAGAGUGCAGCGCUCCCCCCAUGGGGGUGUUGUGAGGGGCCAGAGGCAGACGAUGUCCUGGGACGGGCAGCCCACCAACGGGGCAGCAAACGUAGGGACCGCAGAGGGCAAGAGCCAGAGCACCUCACCUCAGAACCACCUCGGACCCAUCAGCUCGGAGAAGACCACGUCUUACCGGCGGACCAGCAAUGGGGGUCAGGGGAAGAUUGGUAUGAUGUCACCCAGCUGUGCGGGCAGCCAGGAGGAUUUCUAUUGUAGCUUGGUGUCCAGCGCCCCGGCCAGCACCCCAACACCCACCACCGCACCCACGUCUGUGCCCAUCUGCCUGCCACCCCCGCCCCGCACACGCAGGAACGCUAUGGUGUCCCAGAUGAAGCCGCGGUUGAAGAAGGUGCGCGCGUUAGUGGACUGCAGGGCAGUCAGCUCCGACCAGCUGGCCUUCUUUAAGGAUGAGGUCAUUAUUGUCACAGCAACCGAUGACCCCCACUGGUGGGUUGGCCACAUUGAUGGAGACACAAUGAGGAGUGGAAUGUUUCCUGUCAACUACGUGCUCAAACUGGGAGAGUGGCCCACCAGAGACUCCUAAAGGACCAAUAAGCUGCAGUCUCUUUGUAAUGCAGCCACCUAUCAGAGAGAAGAACAUUUUAUAAUGCCACUGAUGCCAUACUGAUUGAACCACAUUUUUGAGUAUCUUUUGAGUAAUUUGACAUGGAUUGAUGGUUGGAAGGAUGGAUGGAUGGAUUAGUUUUGGAAGAGAAAAGACUCUGAACCUUGGUGGAGCAGCAGCUUGACAUUAGGCCUACAGGACAACAAUGUUCUCACUGGGCGCAGAGGAGAGGUCAGAGAGCUCUGUUGCGGACUGUAAAGCACCGUGAAUAUGUGGUGUCAUGACUGGACGUGAACAGAAGUGGAAAGCCAUGGGAAGAAAAAAAUCUCGAUGGAGUUCUUAACAGUUCUUUCCCAGCUCUCUUGCAGACAACAGCACUUAGCUUCCAGCGAAAGUAUUUGUGGAGGACACAGCCGUCAUGGUCUCUCCUGAGCCCGCAUGGAGGCUCUGGGUGGUAUGUGGACAGGAGAGGAUCUGUCUGCCCAGACAAUGUGCCAUAAACAGAAGACUGUAUGAGCCAGUGUGAGAGACCAGUUUGUGUUUGUGUGUGUGUCUGUGUGUGUGUGUGUUCGUGGCCCUCUAGUGGUCAUCUAGAGACACAGACAGGUGCACGACUUUGCAUUCUGUUGUUCCACGAAGAACGCAAGGUAUUGUUCUGCUGCGUUUCUCCGGUUCUCACCUCUGCAAGGCUCCGUCCAAGAGCUACCUCCCCACCAAUUCUCAUUUCAACAGCCUACACUUGUGUGGAUUACAAAUGACAUAAAACGACAUUGGAGUGCAACAGAAUUGACUCAGAAUUGAACAGCAGGUUUCCAGGAUCACACACUGGUCUCCUGUCUACACAAGGGAAAUAUGUCUUGGAGUUGUUAAUGUGUAUAUGUGUGUAGAUUUUGCACAGUGGAAGGGAAAUCAUGAUUAUUGUUUUCAUCAAUAUUGUUUUUACUCUAACAUCUUCGAGUCGCAAAUAGCAAUUCUUUCCUAAUACAGGUGCACGGCUGCUAAUGUAUUUAGAUAGACAGACAUCAGCUUAAGGUUUGUGAGUGGAGUUAUAUUACUUUUAGCAUCACUGCCGGCCAUAACAGGAGCGCUUUAUAUGCUUUUAUCUGAAACAGACUAUAGCUGUCUGUCUGUUUCAAAGUCACGCUGGUUUACCGUAUUUUUGUAGAGUGGAGACUAUUCUCCAGUGUUAUAAUGAGUCUACAACCAGUUUAGCACCAUUCAGUUUUAGAGUUGUUUAGUUUUUACACACACUAGUAAUUAUCUGCUCUCUUCAUCGUAAACAACAAACAACCACGUAGCUAUUUUAAAGCUGUAUCUUGCUUGCAUAAUGUUUUUAAAUGCUUUGUAAAUAAUGGGGGGGGUUGAAGUAUA